AUUCUGACCACCACCGACUCGGAUAAGUUACUCGAUCCUCGAAUGCAGCCAUGUCUGCGACUCCCGAAACGCAAGCACUGACGGUUGAGGCAGGUCAAUUCGACGACGCACCUGAGGACAACUCGACUGCCGUCGAUCCCCGCGCGGGCCACGCUUAUGUCGACGAAGUACCUCCGGAGGAGGACAAGCUCCUAGAAUGGUCGUCUGCGAGCGAGAGCGAAGAUCAAGAUGAAUUUGCGGAGGCUUUCCAGACGCUCAGAGCUGAAGACGAGGAUUGGGAGAUCGCUGAACGAGACUUCACGAAGCAAUACAACCGUGUCCGGCAGCAUGUAGCUGUUCGUACGGGUGCUGCGCAAGGCGUCACAUCCUCUAUGGACAACCGCGCGGCGGUCGCAUCGCUGCCUGCAGUCAACCGCCCGAAGCAGACCGCGAAAGCCAGCUCCUCCACCGUCACACGCACUAUGGACAAGACAGAAGACCAACUACAAGCGCUGUCUAAAUAUUCCUCUCGCCUCCGCAACAUCGACAUGCCAUACGAUCUUGGCGUAGGCGUGAACAGGAAAGGCCCCUCAUCCACCGCGAACAUGAAAGACAAGAGCGAUCGCGCGACGAGCGAGCAGGUGCUCGACCCUCGGACUAGGAUUAUUCUGUUCAAAAUGAUCGGGAGAGGGCUCCUAUAUGAGGUGAACGGGUGUGUCAGUACCGGCAAGGAAGCCAACGUAUACCACGCUGUCACGCCUGAACGCAGGCAUCUUGCUCUGAAGAUAUACAAGACGUCCAUCCUGGUAUUCAAGGAUCGUGACAAGUAUGUUACAGGAGAGUACCGCUUCAGGCGAGGGUACAGCCGUCACAAUCCCCGCAAGAUGGUCCGCGUAUGGGCCGAGAAGGAAAUGCGGAACCUGAAGCGUCUGGUAACAGCUGGGAUCCGGUGUCCAGAGCCCGUCGAGGUCCGCGAAAACGUCCUGGUCAUGGGCUUUGUAGGCGACAGGGAGGGAUGGGCAUCACCCCGCUUGAAGGACGCUGAGAUCCCAGAGUCUGUGAUUCCGGAACUGUACGUCGAGCUUCUGCUCAUGACGCGCAAGAUGUUCGUGGAGUGCAAGCUCGUACACGCCGACCUUUCCGAGUACAACAUCCUCUACCACGUCGAAGACACAACUCCCUUACCCACUCAAGCCCCGCCGCACGCCGCAAGCAACCCGGCAGACCCACCGCCACCAAGCUCCGAAGCGUCAGCCGAGACUGUGCACACCCAAAACGAAAACACGGAGCCCACGCGAGGCGCGAACGCGGACACGACAGCCCCGCAGGGCCACCUCUAUAUCAUCGACGUCUCACAGUCCGUCGAGCACGACCACCCGCACGCGUUCGACUUCCUCCGUGCGGACCUGCGCAACGUCGAGGACUUCUUCGCCAAGCGCGGCGUGCCCGCCGUCGGCCUGCGCCGCGCGUUCGAGUUCGUCACGCGGGAGUCGCUCGUGCCCCCGGGCAGCGCGGAAGACCCCGCCGCGGUCUUGCGCCGGUGGAUGGAGGAGCCCGACCAGGCGCCCGCCGAUGCUGAUGGCGAGGAGAGGUCUGGGGACGAGGGCCAGUCGAGGGCGGAUGCGGCGCAGGAGGACGCGGUAUUCAUGCGGUCUUACAUCCCGCGUACGUUGAAUGAGGUCUACGAUCCGGAGCGGGACGUGGGCGCGCUCAGCCGCGGCGAAGGCGCGCAGCUCAUCUACAAAGACGUGAUCGGCCUGGUCACGCGGGAGGAUGCUGCAGUGGAAAAGUCAAAUGUGCAGGUCAAAACCAACGGGACCAAGGUCCGGUUCGAGGACGACGUUGCUGAUGAAGGCUCGGGCAAGACGGAAGAUGAAGGGGACAGUUCCGCAGACGAGGACGAGGAGUCCGACGGGGACCCGGACGCAAAGGGCGCGCUCGAGGAGCGGCGACCUCGGGGACACCGACACGAAGAUAAGGAGGCCAAGAAGGUGCGCCUCCGCGGGCGAGCUUAUUUGUGAGAGCGGAAGAAGGCGACGAAGGAGGAGGCGCGCGAGAAGCGCAAGCACAAGAUGCCCAAAGCAGAGAAGAAACGGCGCGUCAAGGCGUCCGCGCGGGGCAGCUGAUCGUCGCCAUGCGCACCGCGGCAGGGCGGGCUUCCAUUGUCUCCCCUGGUGAGCAUGACGUCUGUGGCGCGGCUGCACACUUGUUGCUGCUGAUCCCGCAGCGUCGAGGAUUUGAAACUCGUCCGGACCAGUGGACGUUGUUGCAAGGGCACUGUACCUUCUCGACGGUUGGAAAGGAGCUCACGACAUAGCCUCGGAUUGUGCAGGCAUAACUGCUCGUGUACUGCGUAUCUGUAUAGCAGCCUCGCCAUCCACUAUUGUCAUCAAUGCAC